AUGGCGAUGAACCGCAUCGACGGCAAGGAGGAGCUUUAUGUGGGUGGCAUCUGGGCUUUGCGCCGCCCUUCGGCACUGAAGGAGCGUAACAUUACCCACAUACUCUCCAUGCUGCGAUUCGACCCAGCCGGUCUCAAAAGUGAGACCGACACCUGGGAGAACUACGGACAGAGCUACAAGCACAUGGUUAUCGGCAUCGACGACGUCGAGGAUGAGGAUCUGCUCAUUCAUCUGCCCAAGGCUGUUCGGUUUAUAGAGGAUGCACUGUACCCUGGCAGCAGCAGCAGCAGCAAGAAGACGGUCACAGACGGGCCUGAAGAGGAGGCCCAGAAGGACAAGAGCUUCGAGGAGAAGGCCAAGCACUUGAAGGCAGCUGUGGCCAAGGAUUUGGGGACCGAGUCUGAGACCGAGGCGGAGACUGCCUCGGCGCCGGCGGCAGCGCCGGCGAAGCCCACGGAUCCGGACGCCAUCCUCCCUGCCCCCCUAUUCGAGAACCUGAAUCUGAGCUCCGACGGGGAGAAGCCGGACCCCAACACCCGGGCUGGCGGCGUCUACGUCCACUGCGCCAUGGGCAAGUCCCGCUCCGUCUCCGCCAUCGUCGCCUACCUCCUCUGGAAACACCCCUCCCGCUUCGGCAGAUCCGCGACCUCGACCGCCGCCGCGCAAAAUGGCGCGUCAAGCGGGGCAUCCAAGUCCGCUGACGAAGCCGCGGCAGCGCAAGAGAGGGCUGAGGCCGCCGUCGCCGCCGCCGUGAAGUGGGUUCGCAACACGCGGGAAAUCGCGGAGCCGAAUCCGGGCUUCAUGAAGCAACUCGAGAUGUGGUGGAUCAUGGGGUGCCCUGACGACGUGGCGUCACACCCGAUCUACAAGCGGUGGGAGUUCCGGAGGGAGAUUGACGAGAGCCUUGCCGCGGGCCAGGCACCGACGAAGCUGCGGUUCGAGGACGAGGAGACGAGCAAGGAGGAGGCGGAGAGCGUCAAGGGUAUGGAGGUGCGGUGCAAGAAGUGUCGCAAGACGCUGGCUACGCCGCGGUUCGUGCUCGAUCACGAGCCUGAUGCCCCCAGGAACCCGCGGCAGCAGCAGCAGCCGUGCGGACACGUCUUUGUGGAGCCGCUGGGGUGGAUGAGGGAAGAGCUGGAGAAGGGGACGUUGGAAGGGCGGCUGUCGUGCCCGAAUCAGAAGUGCGGUGCCGCCGUGGGUAGGUAUAGCUGGCGGGGGUUCCGGUGCAGCUGCGGCGGGUGGGUUACGCCGGGGUUCAGUUUGCAAAAGGGGCGUGUGGAUGAGGUUGCUGCGAGGGUUCCUGGAGGCGCGGCGGCGAUGGGGAUUCGGAUGCCGCCUGGUUCGGGGAGGUUGUAG